AUGUUUGUACACUCUCCCAAUUCAACACGUCCAAAUUGUACGUCACAACCCAAUUUAACAGAUAAUUCUGACAACAUCAAUACUGAAACUGGAACAUUGACUGAAUUAGAUAAUCGUUCAACUCCUACUUGUCCUCAGUCUAAUAUUGAAAUUUGUUCUACCACUAUUAAACUUCCCCAAUUUUGGACAAAUUGUCCGGAAGCGUGGUUUAUCCAUGCUGAAAUGCAAUUUGCAAAUAGGAAAGUAACACAGGACAUUACUAAAUAUGAGUAUGUUGUUACUGCUUUACCUCAAGAUGUAAUAGUAACUGUACUUGACAUUAUACAGAAACCUCCUUCAAGUAAUCGUUACGAUCAUUUAAAGAAAAUCCUUAUUGAAAGGCAUUCUAUGAGUGAAAAUGAAAAUCAAAAACCAUCUGAAUUUUAUAGGUCAUUAGCUUUACUUGGGAAUUCAAAGUUUAGUCCCGACGUGUUAAGAAAAAUAUGGUUAAGAAAAUUACCAAAUAACAAAAAUGUUGUCUUGACUGGUUCCAAUUUAACAGAUAUCAACGAAUUAACACGCUUAGCUGAUAACAUAUGGGAAGUGCUACAGGGUAAUAAGAUAGCAAGUAUUAGAGACACUACUCCAAUACAUUCUGCAAAUUCGUAUAGUCUAGAAAAGGUUGUUGAAAAUCUAGUACAAGCUACUACCAAUAUUUCUAAAUAA